CGGAUGAUAGUCCGACAUGAAAAGUCGACGACAUCGCUACCUAUCGAUCUGGCACUGAUGUCAAAAAUUCCUCCAUGUCUUCUUGACCCGUCAGGUUGUUGUGUUCGUUGUCGACAGUCUGACAAGCUGGAGCCCUCAAGUAGAAUUAAUGUAGAUUUUAAGCCGUCCAAAAAGAUGAAGAAACGACGAGAACUCGAUGCGCUUGUCACAAACGGGAAAUUACCGAGAAGAAAAAGCAAAAGCGGACACGAAUUACUUCGUUCUAACGAUUCCGACUCAUCAGAGGUCGAAGAAUUUUCCGUCCCUAAUGGCAAACAGAAUGGGAAAAAAUGGAUUGGAUUUUGUCCAUGCUCUUCCUGUGUAGCCUUGCUAGUGUUUGUUGUCAUGACAACCUGCCUUAUAGCCUGCGGGGGGUUAAUAUGGAUGCAUUUUGAACUUAAGAGAGACCUUGACAAUCUAAGAGAGAGACUUAUUGCAGUGGAGUCCCGUAACCAAGGUGCUCCAGAAGAGUUUCAGAAGUACCACAGUCAGAUCCAGUCCAUCAACAGGACUGUGCAGGACAUGCAAACAGGUCCCCGGGGGAUCGGCAAGAUCACAAAAAAUCUCACAACUAUAUCAACUCAGCUGUCCAGUUUGAGUCUGACAACAGAUGGGCUGAUGGAGAGCCUCAAAGCUGCUCCAGAGCUGAAAGACCUGCCAACAAAGUUUGAUACACUCACAAGUAGUGUUGCCAGUAUGGGAAGUGACAUCCAGGUAGCUAAGAAGGACCUUAGUACUCUCACCGAUUUUCAGAAGUCGGCCGAGCAACAGCUGAAAGAUCUGACAGAGAGAGUGACAACUAUGGAGAGUAAGCCAGGCAGUUCCCUCAACAGCCCUGAUGUUCAGCCUGGAAGAGAGAAGGGAAGUGAAGGGAGUAAUCUGUCUGAAGCUGGAACUCUACAGAUGUUGACUGAGCUUAAAGAGGACAUAAAAAAACUGAACCUCAGCCUUGUGGCUAAGAUUGAAGCAGUGAACAGCAGCCUUUUAACACACGAGACAAGACUGAGUUUGCUGGAGAAUUUCACUAGUCAUCAGCAGCCCAGCCCAGCAGCACCAGCAGCAACUGACAGCAAGACUGAAGCAGUGAAUGCACUUAAAAGUCUGCUGCUUAAUGGAGCGCCUAUGGGUUCCUCAUCAUCAGGUGACAUGGCUGUUCUAUCCGCGUUGUUGGGCAGGGUGGAAAACAACACCAUUACGCUGACGUCGCUGAAGAAAAUGUACACUCAAUUGCAGUCCAACAUUGCCAGUAUCAACUCAUCACGAUCAUCUGUACAAGGGGAAGAGCACUCAUCGCCUCCGACAGAUGCAUUGAUCAGCAUGGAGUAUUUAAACUCCACUGUGCUGAGACUCACUGAGGAUAUCAAUCACCUCUUCACUACAAAUACAAAGUACAGGAACGAGCUGAAUAAUGUGACAGCUCAUAUAGCAGGAAUCCUCCGAUUUCUUAAUGCACACUUCCCAUCAGCUCUGGGUCAAAGUUCACAUGCAACCAUGGAAACGACACCUCAAACCCCAGUUUCAUCUCCUGUCUCUGUUGAAGGAAACCUGUCUACACCUGGAAAAACACUUGGGAACACUUCUAGGGAAGCACCUGCGACUACAACUGUAAAGCCAACACCUGCAGUUGUAAUCAAGGGAAUCAACACCAUGGCAGAUCUCCAAAUGUUUUUCAAUCGCUGGGACAGACAAGGUGAUGGCAGGGUAGAUCCAGGCAUCCUGCCUGACUUCUUAGGACCAGCGGCUCCAAAUAAAGAACAACUAAAACCUUUCGACGCAGACAGUGACGGCAAAUACACCAUAAAGGAGUUUGCAGCAGCACUCGGUUUCAAAUCUCAAACUGAUCAUACUGACACAACAGAGGAAGAUCUGGAGAAAAUAUUCGCCUGAAAGCACACAUGAAGAAUACAGAAAAGGAUCUAUUUUUAUAAACAAGGAUUAUAAUUGGUGAUCAUCAACUGGUUGUUCAGACAUAUAUUUAGAAGAAAUAUCACCAUAUUUUUAUUAACAAAAUUAUUUGACAAAAUUGCUCAUUAUUCCUGUUACUAGAGCACAUCAGAAGUAUUGAUUGGUAUGACUAGAUUAUAAUAUAGUUGCCAUGGUUACAGGAGUUCGUUGUCAUAGUGAAGGUGUGACUGUGAUAGUUAGAAUUAGCUGCCAAAGAACACUGAAUUUGUUAGUUAUGCCUUAACAAGAUGUAUUUAGUUCUUGAAUCAUCUGGUAAUAGGAAUACUUCUCGGUGAAGAAAGAAAAUUGGCAACUAAAUACAAAUGUAAUUUUUCAAUCCAGAAUUUAGCUAUUUUUAAAAAUUGAUUUCUUUAUAAGAAUAAGAGCAACAACACCCACCGAAUUUUUGAUGGUCUUUUCGGUAUCGCCUUGAAAAACAUCAUGCAGAAUGUGCCUGGUGGUAAAAUUUACCGUUUCUCUCUUGUAAUGAUUCAAUAAAUGCUUCGUAGCCUUAAGAACAAAUAGUUUCAUAUAACUUAUGAUUUUUUUUUUGCUUGUAUGUAUUAGAUGAAAAAGUGUAUUAUGUUUCUGGUCCUUGUCUGAGUCAUUUUCACCCCUCUGCUUCGGGUAUUGUAUAUUUGCACUUUUUUACCCAAGGGCAGGUAACUCUAAUCUGCUCUCUCGACAAUGAAAACACAUUAAAUUACAUUCUGUAUGUGAUGGAAGAUAAGUGUCGUGUCUGUCCAUGCACUUUGCGAGUAUGUUGAAGUGUUAAGAUGGGACGAUUAUAAUUUUCUGUUUGGUUUUUCAAAUGCCAUUCAGAUGUCACUUCGUUUUCAUGAGUUACUGUGAAAAGUGCAUUACAAUAGGGAGAAAACUAGAUGUUUUACUCCAGAGUUCUAAAAUCAUGCCGUUUAGGUAUGUCUGGUAAAUCAUACAUGUGAGCUUGUCAACAAAUAAACUGUGCAUUUUCCUGUCAUUGUUUGUGAAACCAAAAGACCAGAAACAUAUUUUCCUUUUUCACCUUGUUAAUUGAAUUGUCAAUAUUGAUAUAUUCAACUUCUCAUUUAGUGAAUGAUUGGCGAUAUAUCCAAGGUCACAAGACACAUCACAAAACAAGUAUAUCAUGAGAUGUAGAAGUGCUGAAUCUGUGUAAAUAAUAUCAGAUUGAAUGCUUACUGUGACACUGCCUCUGUAAUGAGUUGUAUGCUUGUUAAGAUUUGUGAUAAACAGUAAAUAAUGUUUCUCCUGGUUCCAUUCACUGAUGUUAGAGUCUGUCAGGGCACACUGGGAAACAAUGACCGCUGUAUGUAUGAGGUAAUGAAGGAUACUUUUGUCCAGCCUCGUAUGAUGAUUAUUAUGUUUUAGAGAGUGUACGCACCUAACAAAUAGAUGUGUUCUUGCGUGUUGAAAGUGUUUGCACUUCUCCACACGGCACAUACAUUUUCUUCGAUAAAUGUGGUAGUUUUGGAUAUAAAUGCUAGAAAGAACAGAUGUGAACAUCUGCAGUUUUGUGCUUUGUAAAUGUCCAGCCAAGUUUCUGUAAAUCCAGUGACUUUUCUGAAUCAUUGUUCAAGUUGGCUGAAAAAUAUUUUGUCAGUCUCAGACUUGUUAGGUUCCAAGACCAUCAAUUGCUGAUAAUAAGUCUUUUAACUUAUCUUAAACAAUAUGAUCUUGACAACAUUUUCAGACUUUCUGCCAUGAUAUAUUGCUGAAAUAUUGGCAAAAGUGGUGUAAAACUAAACUCACUCACUCACUUUACAGACUUGACUAAAUUGAACAAGGUCAUAUGGUUAGUGACCCCUGGUAGUUGAAUGGACAAACAGGACCCUCACUCACCCCACAUCCAGGGUGUAAAUUAUAAAACGGUACCAUCAAACUAAUUCAAUCUCCAGUCUGGUUUAUUUAGAACAUAACAUUUGUUAGCAAUUUCAGUUCAGACAUUUUACUGAAUAUGUUGAAACUUGAAGCAGUUCUGUUAAUUACAUGAUGAUGUGCCCAGGAGGCACAUGUAGAGGAGAAAUGAAAAUCAACAACCUGUUCUUUAUGGUCAACGGUUCAGUUCAAUUUAAGAGAUGUGAUAUACCUCUAUAUUGGAGAUUUGUUCCAUUAGAUUUACAAACAGCAAGGCAUGUGUCUACUUUGUUUAGAUGUGCAUUGUAUAUACUGGAAGAUUUGUGUUCGCUGAAGUCUCUGUGAAUUGUUAUGUGAUGAGAUCGAAGCUUUUUGAUGUUAGUAUGGAACAUUGUGAGAUUUUGUAAUGUCUCCAGUUGUGGUGUAAUGAUUCUACAACUAAGGAAUGUAUCAACAUAUAUUGAUUUACAACUGUAUAACAACACAUAUGAGUCAGUAUAUUAUAGAAAAUAUAGGACCAGUUUAUGAAGAUUCUCAAGCACUUCCUGGUUGUCUAUAGCACAAUCUGCAUAGUGUCUCCCAGCUUUUUUGUUUCUCCUCUGCAAGGCCAUAUAAAAGAAAUGUUGUGGUUCCGAUUACACCUCUUUACAAUUUAGUGUAGGUAGGUAGGAUUUUUUUUUACAUUUUUUAAAAAGUAAAGUACAAA